CGCGCAUACGUCGUGAAAAAGGCAGUAGGCAUGAUGCAUUUGCGACUCUGGUCAUUGAUGAUGACUGCUGCCAGCGCUCUCAAAGCCUCCUGGACAAAAGCGCCCUCUGGCCCAAGUGCGAGGUCAGGUGCCUGUGCGGCAGCCGACGGCGCCGGCGCUUACCUAUUCGGUGGCUAUGUAGAGCAGGCUGACACGAGUCGAUCGGUCACGAACGACCUGUGGCGCUUCUACGGCGGCGAGUGGCGCCUCGUCGCGCCGGCGGGCGCCGACGCGCCGCCGCCGCGUUUAUGCGCGACGCUGGCGCACACCGGUGACGCUCUCGUGCUCAUGGGCGGCUGGGACGGUGCUGACGGCUUCUUCGACGACGUCUGGACGUUUCGCGAGGGCGCAUGGGCGCGGGAAGCAGCCACGCUGCCCGGCCCGCGGAGCCGCCACGCGGCCUGCACGCUUCCGGAUGGUCGAGUCGUGGCCGUGACGCAUCGCGAGGUAUUCGUCUACGACCCGUCGGACGGCUCCGUUACCACACAACCGACGACGGGUCCGCCACCGUCGGCCAGAGGCCUCCACGCGAUGGCUCGCGUCGGUGCUCAUUCGGUGGUCGUGACCUGCGGCGCCGCCCAGUCGGGAGAGAUGACGGGCGACGCGUACGUGCUCGAUUGUGAUACGUGGGAGUGGCGCGCGCUCUCCGCGACCGGGCCGGAGCCGCGCGCCGCUGGCGCCGCAGCGCCGCUCGAUGACAACCGCGUCCUCCUCGUCGGUGGCGCGGCGCGUCUCGCACCACCGCUGGCUGGUCUCGCACCGCUGGACGACGUCUGGUGCCUCGACGUCGUGGCGGAUGCGUGGACGCGCGUGGAGACGAAUGCGGGCUUCGGGCCGCGCAACGCCCACGUGCUCUGCCGCCUCGGCGACGGCGGCUUCGUGGUCAACGGUGGUUGGGUGCCGUUCGUGCGCACCUACGACGACACCUUGCGGCUCGAGGUGGAUUCAUCCUGAUUAUUUGUUUUGUCCAGUAAGAUUGUAC